AUGUCUGAAGCGCGGGUUGAACAAGGGACCACCAGUGGGGAAGGCAUUUUGAGUCACGUGUUAGUCACAGGGCACACGCCUCCACUCGUCCUGAUCAGCUCACACGUGUGUUGCACGCGCCACCUCGCGUCUGCGAAACUCCGUGAAUUUACCGGAGCUUCUCCGAAACUCGCCAGCGCAGCUCGCUGUCAGAUCAACCGGAGUGAAGCCGUCAGCUACCCACCGCCACCGUCGACCGGCGAUGGUGCAGUCGUCAGCGACGACACAUCCCAACAGCAAAGCACCGAGAGCGACAACCGGCAGAACCAUCCGCACAUUCACAGCCAUUUUAGUGCAGAGGCUGCCGCGGCUGCUAUCGCUACAGCGCACCAUGGCCUCCAGGCGUUGCAAGCUGCGGUCGCCGUGCCGACCACCACUACGUCAACAGGUACAAUGGCAUCGCAGCAACAUGCCGCCAUGGCCGAUGCAUCUUUUCUCGGCGGCGCAAAUGCGGCCCAGGGGUCGCCUCCAGGCGGGGCUCAGAACUCUAAAGCGACGCGACUGCGCCGGGCUUGUGACAUGUGCAGCCAGCGCAAAGUGAAGUGCGACGAGACUCAGCCGUGCCGACCAUGCACCGAACUCGAGGUCGAAUGCACCUUCAACCGCACAAUGAAGCGACGCGGCCCUCCGAACAAGCAUGCAGAAGCCGCCAAGGCCGCCAAACAGCAACGACUUGAGCCAAACAUCAAUCUGGGGCCGCACAAUGCCGCCGAGACUUUGAUCUCCAUAUCCGGCGGCCAGGAAUCACAGCAUAUCCUCGACGCCGAGUCCAUUGCGCCGUGGCCGAUCCUGACGCUCCUCAUUGACGACUUCUUCACUUAUAUCCACCCGCUCGCUCCGUUUCCCCACGAGACAACGUUUCGCAUGUCGUUCACAGCUAGGGAAGACCGAACGAACCGUGGAUUUCUGGCACUCCUGGCCAGCAUGAUCGGAGCGCUAGUGGCGUCGUUCCCUCGGACGGCCCGGCUGCACCUGAAGACACAGCAGCACGGAAUGCACAUGUACCCCAAGGCGUUGACACUUAUUGAUCGGUGCAGGACUGUGGCUCUCGAGGCACGUGGCGCGUGCUUUUACAACAAAGAUGAGGUCACGGUUUACGAUGCGGCGACCAGUUACUUCAUUGGCCUCGGUGCGUCGUACACGAUGCAGUGGAAGAUCUGCCGGCGGUUCAUGGCCGAAUCCAUGGCCUUUAUCCGGGAGCUCGGGUACCACAAGCCCCGGGAUAUGGGAUCAUCCAUGUUUGGCGUGACUUAUCGUGGCCCUGCCUUCAACCAUGUCGAGGACCAGCUUGGCAAGCGCAUCUUCUGGUGCCUGCUUGUGUCCCUGCGCUCUAUGUCCCAGCUCGGCAUCAGCCACAGCGACAUUGUGCUUCCCCCGCCGACACCGACCGAGCCGUACCCGGAUUUUCCGGUGGAAGUGGAUGAUCAGUACAUACUGACGCACCAGAUCUUGGGCCAGCCUGAUCACUCCUUGUCCCUGCUCACCGGCUUCAAUCAGGCCGUCAAGAUCUACAUGACCAUGAAUAGUCUUGUGGGAAUCGAGAUGACAUACGGAAUUUCCAAGCUUCCGUUUCACGACCAGAAAUCCAUGCUCGACGAGUCGCUGCAAUCCGCGAAGCAGACGCUCGAGGGCUUGCCACCGCAGCUGGCCAUUGACCUUGACCGCUCGGGUGCUGGACCCAGCCAUGGCUUGUCCAAUCUUCUCCCGACCGCACCACAAGCCAAUGUGUUCGAGGACAACGGCAAUGGCCUCCAGUACGGCUCCAUGGGGUAUUCCCCCCUCCAGCAGCACCAACAGCAAGCUACGCCGGACUUCCGCCACAUCCCUAGUGUCCAACCCGAGCGUCGCCGUCUACUCCAAUACGAGAUCCAAAAGGCGAACAUCUACGCGUCCCAAAUCUCCACCCGCUCCUACUACGUCGAGCGCACCAACAAAUCCGUCGCCGCAGCCGCCCUCCACGCCGCAGCCGAGCAAACCGACCCCAUCGACGCCAACAUGACCACGGAGCGCGAACUCAUCGUCCAACACCUCCUCACGGUCCUAUCCUCCAUCUCCCAACGCAGCAUGGAACCCAACGGCGCGUCCUUCAUCAACAAGAUCCGCCAGGUCGCCAGCACUCUCGUGCACGACGGUUCGGCGCCGGAGCGUAAGGGGCCCGUCGCCGUUAAUGCGCAGGAAUUGCUGAGCAAGUUUGUGGAGGUGCUGCUGAGGCUGGAGAGGAUCCCGCCGGGGGAUCAUCAUGGGAAUGGUGGCGUGGGGAAUUUGGUGGGUGCGGGGCAGGAUGAAGAGCAGGAGUUGAGGUCGUGGGCGGAUUUGAGGGAGAAUCAGUUUCGGUUUUUGCAGGGGGGUGGGUUUAUGGGGUUACCUUGA